AAGAAAACAGGUCGGGCUGGAGAGCCGGUCGUUAGCCCUUCUGUCUCCAGCAGGUUUGCCCAGGGCAGAUGUCGUGUUCGGACCUCCGGCCGCACCUGCGCGCCCGGCCCGCCGCCUCCGAGCGAGGCAGCAGCUCGGACUCGCCGAGGCAGCCCUGGCCGCGGCGCUCCUCGCCCCGCGCGGCCCCGUGCAGGGCGGCGGCUGCGACGAGGACGCCCUCCAGGGGAGUGCGCGGCCACCUGCGCGGCGAGCGGCUGUACCUGCACCGCUCGAAACACCCGUGCUCGGGGGUGGACAGAGACCUCCUACCCUCACACCGUCGAUCAGUGAAUUGGCCGCUGUCGAUUCGCGAGGGGGCGUCGCGGCCGUGAUUUUGUCCGGGUCCAGGUCCGGCGGUUUCGGCCCCAGGC